AUGUUCCAGAUUGUGCUGUUCGUGGUGCUUGAGCACGUGAGUUUUUGCGUUCGUUAUCUGGUGAUGCAGGCCGAGAAGACUCCUGCCUCAAUUCGUAGUUCAGGCUAUCAGCGGCUGAAACAAAUUCAGCGCCUGACUGCAACCCCUGCUGCUCCUCCCUCUCAGCUCGAGUACGUGCAACGUCUACGAGUGCUGUUUGAAAAGUACGAUAUUGAUGGCGACGGGCAUCUGGCGGAAUCUGAGCUGACUCAGCUUCUAGCGGCCUGGUUGUGCAAGCACCCAUCGGAGCUACUGCCGUUCUCGGGACUAAUCUUCCGUUAUGUGGACAAGAACAAGUUGGGUAAAGUCCCGUUUUCUACAUGCUGCCUUAUGAUGCAGCACGUGAACCAUGACCGAUUCUUCUCAUGCCUGUUGGGUCUAUACGAUCCCCUUCACGGAGCGUACAACGACGAGAUUCGCCGUACUUGUGAUCCCAUUGAGUUGCACCGUGUGCUGAGCGAGGCUUCAUCCGAGGUGCAGUUGCGCCGCAGCAACAUGAGCGGUGCUUCUGACGCUACAGACACUUCGCGAUUACGUGACUCCACCUUCUUUUACGUGGACAACUAA